AUGAAGCUCCUGGCCUAUCUCCCUCCGCUGCCGCCGCUCUUGUUUGCGGUGUUGACCGUCGGCGGCCUCGCCUCGAAGGCAUUACACAUCGCCCUGCACAUUCACUCGCUUCCGUUUCUAUAUUUCGUUCUCUACGCGCCCACUCUUGUGUUACCAGACUUGCUGGUCAUUGCGUUUGUACGGGUAUUGUUACAUACCCCGUCUCCGGAAACCAAGUUACAAUGGGUGUGGGCAUGCCUGGGGGGACUGCUAUCUCUGAUCGUGUGGAGCGCGUCCUCCAUCCAAUUUGGCUUCUUCAUGCAAACGGGCGCCGAAGUCGCCUGGGCCGCCAGCAAUAGUUUCCUCAGCGAUCCUGCUGCCAUGAAGAUCUUGCUGAGCGGCAUCUCGACCGUUUGCGCCGCCGCCACGGUGCUCGCCCUCGUCGCCUGGUUGGCGCAUGCGAAGCUUUACCACUGGACAGGCCUAGGGUUGCAGGCAAUCCAAGACCUGUUCAAGGGAAGCUAUAAAAUGCGAUACACCCUGCUCGGAGUGCCCAACAAAUCUUGGAUCAACAAGUCCUGGUUGACGACUAUGGAUCUCCGAACCGUGCGCCGUAUCGCCAUCGCCGUUUCUCUCUGCUCAUCGCUGAUCUUCCUGGAGCUAACUCGACCCUCCAUUCCCUACGACCAUCUCUCUGGCGCAUUGCCGUUGACGCUAUUGGAUGCAUUUACGAAGAAGUCUAGUACCACCGGAGGCUGCCGGCAAACGCCGAUGAAGUUCCCUCUCUGGACUGAUGUGAACACCGGCUUCAUGACAAACAGCUGGUCACGGCCCUCGUGGCUUCCGCAGAACCCACCUCCAGGAUUCAGCCAUUAUGAACACAGCCCCGACGAGCGCGCCGAGAAGGAUAAUCCCGCUUGGUAUCUUUGCAACGACAACGAGCCCGGUUUCUACAAUCCCAAGACGGACCCCCUCAAGAUCUCGAACCUCGGGGGCGACAUCUACGAACCUUUGAAGGCGGCUUUCAACGAGCACUCCGUGGAAAUUGACCAUGUCAUUCUUUUGACCCUCGAAAGUGGGCGUAAGGAGCUGUUCCCCAUGCAGCAAGGGACCCCCAUGUUUGAUGCUUUGCUAGAGUCUCACACGGAGGAACACCGGGAUGAAGCGAUUGAUCGUCUGGUUACCAUGACGCCUAUUGCACAGAUGCUGACUGGCGAGUAUUCUACGGACAGCAAGGGUGAGAAGGUUGAUCUGAGCGGUGCGAACUGGCAUGAUCCGGCGGAAGAGGGCAUGGGCGGACUCAAUGUCCGCGGUGCCCUCACCGGCAGCACAUUGACCUUCAAGAGCAUUCUGGGAAGCCACUGUGGUGUUCAGCCUCUGCCCGUGGAUCUCUUGGAGGAAACGGGCCUUGAGAUCUAUCAGCCAUGUUUGCCUCAGCUGUUCGAAUUGUUCAACCGGGCGAAGAACCCGGUCUCAGAACUCCUGGAGCGUGACGAUACUGCAUCAGGGGCUUUGAAGAAUCCCUGGAAAUCAGUUUUCAUGCAGUCCAUCACCGACGAUUACGAUCGUCAGGAUGUCCUGAACAAGAAUAUGGGCUUCAAGCACAAUGUUGUUAAAAGUACCCUGACUUCCCGGAAGUCCAAGUACCGUGCCAAGGGAGAAGAAAUUAACUAUUUCGGUUUCGCCGAAACCGAGCUUAAGCCUUACGUGCGCGAUCUUUUCGAAGAAGCUGCCAAUAACAGAACCCGCAUGUUCCUCUCGCACGUCACCAGCACAACUCACCACCCGUGGGAUACCCCCGACGACUUUCAGUUGGAGCACUAUAUGGGUGACCAGGGCAACAUCAACCACAAGCUAAUGAAUAGCUACCUCAACUCGGCCCGCUUCGUCGAUCACUGGCUCGGCGAAAUCAUGACCAUGCUUGAUGAGACCGGCAUUGCCAACUCGACGCUGAUUGUAGUAGUCGGCGAUCACGGUCAAGCCUUCAGCGAAGAUAACAAGGAUAUGACCGGUACCUAUGAGAAUGGGCACAUCGGUAACUUCCGCGUCCCGUUGGUCUUCCGACACCCACACAUGCCCCGGAUCAACAUCGACGUCAACGCAACGUCCAUCUCCAUCAUCCCGACCAUUCUCGACCUUCUCGUCCAGUCCCACUCCCUGGACGCCCGAGACUCCGAGAUGGCCUCUGCCCUACUUCCUGACUACCAAGGCCAGUCCCUCAUCCGCCCGUUUAUCCCUUAUCUCAAAGAGCGCCACGACUCUCCGAUUGAAACGCCCAGCGACAUUGACGUACGCUCCUCGCGCAAGACCCAACCGAAAGAGGGCCACCGUACUCGCUACAACUGGAACUUGGGCAUUAUCAAUGCCGGCGGUUCUAUGGUCUCCGUCACUGCCGCUGGUUCCCCUUACCGCCUCGUUCUACCCCUCAAGGAGGGCUUCGAGUACGUCUUCAGUGACCUGAACCAGGACCCCGGCGAGCUGCACCCCAUCAAGUCUUGGACGAUGGACGAUCUUGUGGACGAUGUCCUCUCCAAGUACGGCGAGGCAGCGGCCGAGUGGCUGGAAGACGCGGGGCUGGUCGGUAAGUGGUGGGUGAACGAACAAAGGCGGAUCUGGGGCUACCGGGAGGCAUAA